UCAAACGUCAAACGUACGGAACGAACGUAAACAACGCGCACGUGCAUUUAGAAAAGAAUUAACACAACCAGCACUCGGUCGGAUCUUCAGAUCAAACAAAUUAUCCUCAAAAUGUAUCUCAUGUACGAUUUGAACGAAAACGGUGAGCGGGUGUACACGCUGAAGAAAAACAAUGCCGCCGGAAAGCCAACGCAAUCGGCACAUCCGGCACGGUUUUCGCCGGAGGAUAAGUACUCCCGCUAUCGCAUCAUCAUCAAGAAGCGCUUCGGAUUGCUGAUCACACAGAAACCUGAACCCAUCUACUGAAUCCAUCGAACUACGCACCAAAAAUUCCAAUUGCACAUGUAUAUGAAAUAAAGGCCCCAUUUUAAGAAUCGUA